UCAGUGUCCUCACUUAGCUCAGCCCUCAAAGUCAGAAACCGGAGCAGGACGCAGAUUUUGCAGGAACUCACCCGACAAUGGCAGCUCCAUUGCACAGCUCGAGUUCCAGCAUCAGCGAACCUGGGACCAGCCAUGGGCUUGGAAACCAAGACCCCAGAGAGUCACAACUGAGACUAGUCUUAGUGGGUAAGACUGGAGCUGGAAAAAGUGCCACAGGGAACAGCAUCCUUGGAAAGAAAGCGUUUCAUUCCACCAUCGCAGCAAAAUCCAUCACCAAGGUCUGUGAGAAAGGGAGUAACACCUGGACUGGGAGAGAAAUUGUGGUCGUGGACACACCUGGCCUUUUUGACACCGAGGUGCCAGAUGCUGACACACAAAAGGAGAUUGCUCGUUGCAUCCUCCUGACAUCCCCAGGGCCUCAUGCACUGCUCCUGGUGGUCCCACUGGGCCAGUACACAAAGGAACAGCAAGAGGCCACACAAAAGGUGCUGAUGAUGUUUGGUGCCACAGCUAGGAGAUUCAUGAUUCUCUUAUUCACCCGGAAGGAUGACUUGGACAACGAGGAGUUCUGUGAUUACAUAAAGGAAGCCCCAAAAUUCAUUCAGGAUCUGAUGAAGGAGUCCAGGGAUCGCCACUGUCUGUUCAACAAUAAGGCAACAGGGGCUGAGCAGGAGGCCCAGAGGGCACGGCUGCUGGACCUGGUCCAGCGCAUGGUGAUGGAGAACGAGGGGGGAUUCUACACUAACGAGAUGUACCAAAGGGCUGAGGAGGAGAUUCAGAAACAGAUCCGAGUGAUAGAAGAGCAGUGCAGAGCUGAGCUGGAGAGGGAGAAGAAGCAGAUAAGAGAGGAGUAUGAGGAGAAAAUGAGAAACCUGGCUGAUAGCCUGGAGUGGGAAAAGAGAAAGGCAGAAAUGGAGAGGGUGCUGGCAGAAAGGGAAAAGCACUAUGUUUCUAGGCAACGAAAUGCCAGGGGUGAAGUGGAGCAUCAGAAUAAGAUACUUGACAUCAUCAUGGGAGCUUUGAAAAGUGCUAGGCUGAAUUUUACAAGGCUGUUCAGAUUUUCUGAAUAAAAAAUGAAAACCUGUCUCUAUUUCCUGCAUAUUUUCAGGGGCUCCUUCCCCACAGAACUCAUUCCCCAAAGUCAGAGCUCCCUGUUUGUGUCCCUCAGGCUCUCAAGACUAGGGAGGGUGGGAAAGUUCACUGUUGGCCAUUGGUGGGCAUUUGAUUGACUUCACUGGGGAGGGACACGUGCCCACUCUGUAAAACUCCACAGCAGAAUGUACGGAUGCCCCCUGUGGCCUGAACUCUUUCUCAGACACACAGAAAGGAAUGGAGGAGGCCAAACUUGGGGACCCCCAGCUUGCUCUGUUUAUCCCCAGUAACCCUUUUCCUCCAGAUUCUUUGUAGAUUGGCAGAUAAUCUCUGUGCUUCUACUCCUCAUUUUUGCCUCUACAGCCUCCAGGAUUAUUUCACCCAUGUGGUUAGUGAAAUCAAUGAAGUAAUCU